AUGGCUAGUGAGGAGAGUUUUGUGGUUUUGGUGCACCACAGAGGAUCUGUUAAUAGAAAAACUCGUUUCGGAGUAAAGUUCACAGAUAAGAAUCCUCUAUGUAUUAUCGUAACUUCUACGACGAGUUAUGGUGACCUUGUUAGCGCUGUACUAAUGAAGCUCGGUCUGGAAGGUGCGAAGCGGGUAAAGAAGUUUUUCUAUCGCAUUUCAGUCACGGUGCUACAGAAUACCGUGAAGUAUGAUUGCUUCACGAUUAAUAAUGAUGUGGACUUGCAAGUAAUGUUUCUUUGUCAGCGGCAGUUUCCGGAGGUGAGGACACCAGAGUUGUUGGCACGGCUGGUUGAUGUGGUAUCCAGCUUCGGCGGUUUGAACCAGAAUACAAACACUAUAGCGAAUCCAGCAGGUUCUAGUUCCCGGCCUGCCGUUGCUUCCUCCUCCGUCCCUGUGUACGAACCAGUGGUCCAACCUGUCGCCUCCCCGUCUUUUGCUGUUGACCUCAAUGGCACCGAAGGCGACGAGGUAGUGGAAAGGGAAAAUUUGCCGAACGCUUUAGUGGGAGUUGCACCUGUUGGCGUUGGAGACGGUUUUUUGGGUGAUGAAGAGGAGGAUGACGUCCAGCCGGAUAUGAUUGACGAUGACAGCGCUGACGAUAUUGGAGCGAAUGGGCCUGCAUUGGCGGUAGGUGGUUCUAGCUCUGGCACACAGUAG